AUGCUCAUUUUCCUUCUCACGUCUAUUAUAAUUGGUUCACGUCUUCAGCCAAUAGGAGGGCGCGCAGACUCCCGCAUAUUCCUUAUCACCUCAAUCUGCCGGGCAUUCAGUCGAAGUCAAAUGUCAAGUUUUGGGACUCAGCGUUCAGUCCUACCGGAAGAUGUAACUUGGCCCUACGUGGAUUCGCCGUGGGAUCUACACCGGGAUUGUCAGUACGUGGCUGCGGGCCACAGCAAUUCCUCCAGUCACCUUGGAGCCUGCAUCCUCUCCCACAUGCUAGGCUUUGUCACUGCGUACAUAUUCCCUUUCGUCGGAGUCGUUGGAGUCGUCUCCAACAUCUUCAUCGCCUAUGUCUUUCUCUGUGUCUUUCGAAAACCUUCAAGACAGAUGAUCUAUCUGGGUUGCGUGGCAGCCGCUGACGUCAUCACGAUAAUCCUCUUCGGGUGGAUCUGGAUGUUUCCGGCGAAGGGUCUGCCCUACGCCACGGGCGCACGGACCUACUUCUUCAUCUUCAACAUCAACAACUACAGCUGCAAAAUCGUCCGCUAUCUCUACUCCUUCACGUCCUGCCUUAGCUCCUCGCUUUUCCUUCUCACUGCACUUGACCGUUGCCUCUGCAUCUACUUUCCCCUCAAAUUUGCCCAGUUAUCGCGUAGGAGGGCCUGGGAGGCGGUGGGGGUUACAGCUGUCAUCUCGGCCAUAAUUAUGCUGCCAUUUGGUCUCGUGGUGGAACACGGUCUAUCCAAUGGCAAAAUUAUCUGCUGGGUACAUGUCGAGGCGAACACACUGCAAAUCUACCACGUCCUGCUAGCCAACUCGAGUUUGCUGCAGACCAUCCUCGUGAUUGGGAUAAACGUCGCCCUGGUGAUACGUCUGCGCCAGUGUGCCGUUCUGCGCGAGUCCAUGUCGAAAUGCACCACGGCUAACCGCGAGAUCGCGGCCUCGAUGCUGCUCGUAAUCCUCUCUGCCAUCGUCGUCAUUUGCACUCUGCCACAGUCAGUGGCGUACAUUCUCAGCACGAUACUGUCUGAGGUCAUGGAAGGCGAGACUGGACGCAUGGCCGUCCGAAUGUCGUACAACAUCUCCGACCUGGGCUGGCAACUCCUCUUCUUCCAGCAGGCCUCCAACUGGGCGUUGUACAUGAAGCGGAUGAAGAACUUCCGUCGGGCCAGUAUUCGCCUGCUCCACUGCCACUGCAGACACGGCAGAGGCCUAGUGGAUGACGGUUUCGAGUCGGUUCACCGUCACUCCACGAAGGAUCGCAUUCUAACCAGUGAAUUCCCGCGUGCCGAGACCUCCAGAGCCUACUGCCUGCGGUUUGCGAAUAAUCGAAAAGGUGGCGUAUCGGACUUCUGGAAGGUGGGGUAUUCAGGCGACGUGAUUCCAGCCAAUGGGAGCACAUUCAACCCGAACGCCUCUGAAGUGUGCAGGUACACGUAUCGAGGAAGUAUGCGUCACACCACCACAAUGUCCUCCAUCUCGCGUGGAGUCAUUUAUGGGAACCUCGAGACCUCCACCAAACCGACGCAUGGAUUUCGCGGAUUCAUGACGAGAUUUUAA